AUGGCUGCUCCUUCGAUUUCAAACAUGUUCUUUCCCUUCCCCAAACCGCACCAUCGUACCUUCCCAUUAACCCACUCUAAAUUCCCAACACCUCUCACACCAACCCUAAACUCAGUCAAACUUAUCACACGUCACAGCUCCUCAACCUCCACCGUGAGAGAGCAAGAACACGAAGAAGCCACAACACAUCACACAGAGAAAAGCAGCCACAACUACAAGCCCAAGCUAGAGGAGCACGUGGAGCGGCUCCCUCAAGAGUGGCGCGAAAUCCAAGGCGAGAACGAUUGGGCCGGGCUUCUGGAGCCCAUGGACCCUCUCUUGCGGAUGGAAGUAAUCCGCUAUGGCGAGAUGGCCCAGGCCUGCUACGACGCCUUCGACUUCGACCCUUUCUCCAAGUACUGCGGCAGCUGCAGGUUCACGCCCCGCAACUUCUUCUCCUCCCUCGAAAUGUCCCGCGUGGGCUAUACCGUCACGCGCUACCUCUACGCCACAGCCAACAUCAACCUCCCCAACUUCUUCAAGCACUCGCGCUGGUCCAAGAUGUGGAGCAAGCACGCUAACUGGGCGGGCUACGUCGCCGUUUCUGACGACGCCAUGACCCACCUCCUCGGCCGCCGCGACAUCACCAUCGCCUGGCGCGGCACCGUCACAUGCCUCGAAUGGGUGGCGGACCUCAUGGAUUUCCUCAAACCAAUCUCAUCGAACGGCGUCCCGUGUCCCGAUCAGACGGUGAAGGUGGAAUCAGGGUUUCUAGAGCUUUACACGGACAAAGAAAAGAGUUGUGGUUACUGCAAGUUCUCCGCCCGGGAACAGGUUUUGACGGAGGUGAAGAGAUUGUUGGAGAUUUAUGGAGAUGAGGAAGUGAGCAUUACGAUAACGGGGCAUAGUUUGGGGAGUGCGUUGGCGAUUUUGAGCGCGUACGAUAUUGCGGAGACGGGGGUGAAUGUUAUGAGGGAUAGUAGAGGUGUGGGGGUUACGGUGAUGUCGUUUUCGGGGCCGAGGGUGGGGAACGUUAGGUUUAAGGAGAGGUUGGAGAGGCUGGGGGUGAAGGUACUAAGGGUGGUGAACGUGCAUGACGUGGUGACCAAGGCACCCGGAAUUUUGUUUAACGAGCAGUUGCCGGAGGCGGUGAUGAAGGUGGCGGAGGGGCUGCCGUGGAGCUACUCCCACGUUGGGGUGGAGCUGGCGCUGGACCACAAGAAAUCGCCGUUUCUCAAUCCCAAUGUUGAUGCAGUCUGUGCCCAUAACUUGGAAGCUCUCUUGCAUCUUCUUGACGGAUACCAUGGAAAGGGUGAAAGAUUCGUACUAGCGAGUGGUAGGGAUCCUGCUCUGGUGAACAAGGGGUGUGACUUCCUCAAAGAUCAUCACAUGAUUCCACCAAACUGGAGGCAAGAUGCGAACAAGGGCAUGAUCAGGAGCAAUGAUGGACGCUGGAUGCAGCCUGAGCGACCAAAGCUUGAGGAUCACCCUGAAGAUAUGCAUCACCAUCUCACCCAACUGGGUCUCACUUUGUCUGAUAUAUGA